UAUAUAAACAAAAACAUGGAUAGACUACUUCCUUGUCAUUUGUCAAGUGAACCAUAACUAUAAUAAUCUCAUAAUAACGUGAAAUGGUUUUUGGUCCACCUUUCAAAUUCAAAAGACUGCUUUUAUGUUGUAUGGGAACUUCCGCCGGAAGUACUCCGACUUUUGUUUUGGAAAGCCGCUGUCCAGAGGCCGCCAUUAUUCUUCCUGGCUUGACGUUCGACACAAAGACAAUUUAAUACUUAAUAGCAUUAGAUUUUGUGGUGAACCGCGACACGGUUUGCCUAUUUGACGCAGCAGGGUGGUCUGUGGGACUAGCGACGCGUUGCGAGCACGCUAUGGAGAAACGGUCCGACACUGCUGGCGUCAGAGGGGCCCUUCCCUUGGCCUCCCUUCGCCUCAUGGCCUCUCCUCUGCAGCUGACGUACUCGUACAUCUGGCAGGUGAUACGGCAGAAGAACGUGAGGCAGUACGGGAAAGUGGAGGAGUUCGUGACCAUGGUGACGCACACCGUUCCCGAGCUCUUGAGUUUCAGACAGACUGCUCAGCUGAUCCUGGGGUUGAGAGCACGGGUAAUUUUGGAUUUGCUUCACAAAGAGGGCCCACCAGACACCAGGGCCAUUCAAACUCUCAUAAAUAAGUUGAAGGUCUCCACAUCUUCAGGGAAGGACACAGAAGUGGAGAAAUCUCAGACAAACUUCCUGGUGCUGGUCCAGAAUCUGCUUAAAAGCCCUUCUGAGCGGAAACGCUUCUUCCAGGAGGAGUUCCCCGUUCAGUACGGCACAAAGUUUGACACAGCGCUGCAGACCCUUAUUGCAGGCCUAGUGUGCAAGCUGGAGCAACUUCUGCCUGUUCCCAAUCUGUCCCAGCUUGGUGCCAUGAUCUCAACUGAGCCCACUAUCCUGGAGGCUUGUGGGGGUUUCAUCCCUGACCCUGGUGACCUGAAGCCUCUCCUUUUACACCAACAGGCCAAAGGACUCCUCGGUGUUAAAGCAACCAUUUCAUCUUCAGUUGGCGACUGUGUUCUCUCUUCACUCGCCUUCCGGCCCAAACCAGUAGAACCACCACCACCACCGCCGCCGCCGCCACCACCAGCCCCAGAAACACCAAAACAAUUAGAGGCCACUCUUAAUGAAACAAGUGCUACCUCCCUUAGUGACACUGAAGACUUGGGCGUGAUGUCGGACGACCCUGACAGCCCAGUGAUCCCCGUCGUCGCCAGACCUCAACUUAGAGGUCGUUACACCCGUAAAACGGCGGAUGCCAGUGCGACAAAGGAAAAGAGCGUCGCAGCGACAGCUCAGGCAGAGAUCUUGGCGCAGGAGAAGGCUUCUACAGAGGAACAGCCUGCCGCAACCACGCAAAGCGAAGGGGAUGACGGUGCACCACAGCAAGAGAAAGCAGAACCACAGAGGCUGCCCUUAAAAUCAAUCCCUUUCAGGGUAGUUCCAGUGCCGAUCAAAACUGCCUCUAGCCUACAGAAUGCCGGUGACGCAGGAACCAAAGACGGCCAAAAGCCCCAGACUCAGCGAGUCACAUUGCAUCAGUGGGUGUCACAGAUUGCCACUAACUCGCUGUCACUCCCAGCCCUGCCCCCUCUUCCCCUAGAUAGGCUGAGCGCUAGAGAUGACAUGAAGCCGAGCAUAAGAAGGAAAAAGCAGAUCAGGCCUCUAGCCGACAGAUUUACUUGCAACGUGUGCGAUAAGAGCUUCGCCUAUCAGUCCAAGCUGAUGGACCACGAGCGCAUUCACACGGGGGAGAAGCCUUUCGUGUGCACGGCGUGCAACAAAAGUUUCCGAACGCAGGCGUUCCUCAACAACCACCUGAAGACCCACAGCACGGCGCGCCCUUACGUCUGCGGCCAGUGUGGCAAGUGUUUCACAAAACUGCAGAGCUUGACGAAGCACAUGCUCGCCCACAGCGGCCAAAAGCCCUUCUACUGUAACAUCUGCAACAAGGGCUUCACGCAGUCCACCUACUUCAAAAGGCACAUGGAGUGCCACACCAGCCAGAUGACGUUCCCCUGCAAGCACUGCAACAAAAGCUUCCCAACAGCUUUUAAGCUCUCGAACCACGAGCGCUGGCACAUCAGAGACCGCCCUCACAUGUGCGAGCGAUGCGGGAAAAGAUUCCUCGUGCCUAGCUUGUUGAAGAGGCACAUGGGCUACCACAUCGGAGACCGCCAGUAUCUCUGCUCCCAGUGCGGGAAGACCUUCGUUUAUUUGUCUGACCUGAAGAGGCACCAGCAGGACCACGUGCCCAAAGCAAAGAUCCCAUGCCACGUGUGUCAAAAGAAGUUCUCCAGCAAGUACUGCCUGAGGGUUCAUCUACGGAUCCACACCAGAGAGAGGCCGUACAGGUGCACUCUGUGCGACAAGACCUUCACGCAGGUCGGCAAUCUGAAAGUCCACAUCAGGUUGCACACCAACGAGCGCCCCUUCAGCUGCGACGUGUGCGGGAAGACCUACAAGCUGGCGUCCCACCUGAACGUCCACAAGCGGACUCACACGUGUAAGAAGCCCUGGACGUGCGACACGUGCGGGAAGGGAUUCUCCGUGCCCGGCCUUCUGAAGAAGCACGAGCAGCUGCACACGAGGGACGCUAACCCCGACUUCUCUGGCAAGCGGAGGCACAGGGGGAAGCACAAGAAGCACGCACUCAAGAGGAAGUAUGAUGAGGAAGAGGAGGGCAGCGAUGACUAUUAAAAUCAAAGACACACUAAAUACAUGGAAAUGCUUAAAGUAGGAUUUUUCAAGCUCAUGCCGAUCAUUGAUGGAAUAAAAAAAGGCCAAUCCAGGAACUGCUGCAUAGGAAUAUGCAACCAGGUCAUUUACAAUGACCUGCUACAUUAUGGUUGAUAUGAAAUUUGAGCUAUACUUUAGAGGUCUUAUAAAACCGUAAUGUGACAAAGUGAGUUAAAACAAUAGAGCUACCCUAACAUGUCACAUUUUGAGACAAAUCAGGUAGCAGUAGAGGAUUACUUCCUUAUCCACUUUCUUUGCAAAAAAAACAAAGUUUUCGAAGUCUGAAAAAAUAUUUUUCAUGCAUCAUGUGUUUUUUUUUUAUCAUUUAGCAAAUAUGUAAGAGAUGAGUAUAAUGUGUACAAUAGAAGUAUUUCAAAGCUUUGACUGUAGAUCAUUUAUCUACUGUGUAUUAAAAUGCUGUAGUGCCAGUAGGGAGCAUUUGAACCUCUUACUGUCCUUGUGAAAACUGUAAUAAUUCAAAAACCAUAUGUUUUUUUUCCUUGUAUUUAAUGCAACUGGAACUGUUAACAUUACUCUGCUUUCCUUUUCUAGAGUGAAAUAGGCUCAUUUGUGUUUACUGCCUUUUUCCUAACCACUUUGUUACUCCUCACUCCAAUUGUGUUAAAUUAAUAUAAAAAAGUGGAUUGAGCACAACAAUUUAACAUUAUGCAAAUGUUUGUUGAGGCUGUGCAUUUCCUCCUUUACCUAUCCUAGUGUGAGCAGUCAUGUACAUAACCCACUUAGUAAUUAACCUGUAUUUGCUUUGUCUUUUGAUGUUUUUCAGAAAAAUAAAUAUUCAUGGCAAACA